AUGGUAAGUAAUCGAAAACCGCUUACCGAAUUGAACAACAGAAAGAGAUUGUUUCGUAAGAGACGGCCUGGAGGAGGUAGAAAGAAGAUGACAGGAAAAUUUCCAGGUAUCAUAGAUGUGGCUCGCGAUUUCGUUCAGCAAAGCAGUUUCAAGGCAGAUGCCAGACGCCGAACAACCACCGGACAAAGUUGCGGAGUUUCUUUGCCGCAAAUUCGUCAGAAUCUGCUGGACAAAUGCAAUGGCUUAAGCGACCAUGGCAUUAGCGUCUCAAGGUGGAUGAAAGCACCCCGAAAAGGAACUACAGCGUCUAAGGCUUACAGUGAAGUGCUUGAUAUUCGCAUUCCACCAAAAAAAAUUGACGUACGUAAAGAGCACAUUGACGCGCAUUUCUGCGCCUCUUGGGUCCGCUAUAGAAUCGAGAUGGCGGCUCAGUUUGCUGACGAGUGCAUUUUAAUGUCUUGUGACAACAAGAACAAAAUUAAAGUUGGCACACAAGCGGUUAGUCGUCACUUUAAAGUAACAUGUUACUUUAGUUCAAACGAUGAGCCAAAUUAUGACGAUCACGAUUUUCCUUAUGGUGGGUACUUGAUUACCCCAUGUGGGUACAUGUUUCUAACGCAGGAAAAAGAACCAUCUCUUGUUAACGAUGAACAUGGCCGAGACCAUAUCAAAGCAGCGAGAACAGGUCCACUACACGUAAUUAAUUACGGACCAUGGCAGAAAAUGACGUGCCAGGUUCAUAUGAAUGACCUCUACAAAUUAAUUUCUGAAAAAUUAACUGACAGGCGGCGUUCAGUUGUGAUAAUAUCAGACGGUGGACCUGAUUGGUCAUAUAAAGGAUACGCUGUACUAGUUUUUUAUAUGAGGUUAUGGCGCGAUCUUAAUCUUGAUAUGUUAUCAAUUACAUCCUAUGCACCGGGUCAGUCCGCCUACAACCCCAUCGAAAGAACGUGGUCAAAUUUGUCAAAAUGGCUUGCCGGUGUAAAACUGCCUGCUACGUUACCCGAUGAAGACAAGCCACCUUGCCAGCAGAACAUUUCUGAAGAAGAACGACUUCGAAAAGAAAAACAGGUUUUGAAGAAUGCCAUGACCAGACUUGGUGAGGGGUAUUGGAGUGAACGUAGUAUUGCUGGACAUCCUGUGACUGUUGAACAAGAUGAUCCUGACGAAGCAUUAGAUUUAAUAUAUAAUGACUACGAAGAAGUCCAUACCCUAUUGAGUGGACCAAAGAAGUACGUAAAAAACACACCAACACUGGAAGAACUAAAGUUUACAGUAAAGCAUGUUGAUCGCCGCGUUUGCGAGGUUACAUUCGUUAAGUGCAGAGAUAGUAGCUGUAGUCACUGCUGUAGCAGGCCAAUGGCAUCCAAAAG